AUGAGUCUUAUUCAGCGGUGGAUUUCUCAGCCAAUUGAUGAAAAAUCAAAAAUCGGUAUGGAGAUAAUGAUGGAUGUCCUCCGUACGGAGGAUGCAGAGUGCCCAAUUUGGAUCGCGCAGGGGUGGAGGAUGUGGUGGUGGUCCGGAAGACUGGUCGCUCCCAUUGGAGGACUGCACAUCCAAGCCACUGGACUGGGAAUGGAAUCAAGUUGUGAUCCGGCACUCAUGACUGUGUUGAAUCGGGUUAGCGAGAAGAUCAUGCGGACGUUGCUGCUAGCAAUGGGCUUGCCGUGGAUAAUGCAUUUAUGGGAAAGGAUUGUUGAGACGGACCAUUUUGGAAGAGAAUGGUGCUCCAGACACACAAUGAAUCUCGCCCAGCAGGUCGACACGGAACUAUCCUUGCGUUGGCUGAGAAGCCUUGCCGCAGAUCAAGGGUGCCCCCCAGGCGACCGCAGCCCGCAAGAAGGCAUGAGAGUAUACGGAAUUGGUUUCCUUGCCGCCGGCUCAGCAGGCAAGGCGAUGAAGUAUGGUCAAACAUUGGCUAAGAGCGGUGGACAGAAGGGCAUCCCGUCCAUCAUCGAUUUUGUCGCCCAUAAGUUCUAUGCCCGAAUCGGCCAAUAA